UCGAAAAUCCGUGUACUCCUUUUACCUAUCCAUAGUUUCACUUAAACGAAGAAACGUUGAAACACGAAACUCAGUAAUGGAAUCCAUGCCUGUGAAUUGGGAAGCUCUCGACGCUCUCGUCAUCGAUUUCGCGAAAUCCGAAAAUUUGAUCGAAGAUUCGACGCCGUCUUCUUCGCCGUCAUCUUCGUUAUCGUCUCUGUCUUCGUAUCACUCGCGUUUGCUGAUACGGCAGAUCAGGCGGUCACUGGAAGCCGGCGAUAUCGAUGUCGCCUUGGAUCUCUUGCACCUCCACGCACCUUUUGCUCUCGAUGAUCACCGCCUUCUCUUCCGUUUACAGAAGCAGAAAUUUGUUGAAUUGCUAAGGAAAGGAACGGAGGAGGAUCGUGAUGCGGCAAUAAAUUGUUUACGAACGGCUCUCGCGCCUUGUGCACUUGAUGCUUAUCCGGAAGCAUACGAGGAAUUUAAACACGUCCUUCUUGCCUUUAUCUAUGAUAAAGAUGAUCAAAGCUCUCCGGUGGCUGAUGAGUGGUCUGAAACGAGGAGGUUCGAAAUUGCUGGAUUACUAUCUUCUGUUUUAAGGGCCAAUCUUAAUGCAUAUGACCCUGUGUUCUCAAUGACGCUGAGAUAUUUGAUAAGCAUACACAAAGGUUUUUGUUUUCGUCAAGGAGUUGUAUCACCUAUAUCAAAUCUUACUGAGAGAUUGCUCCUUGAAGAACGUGACCCCGCUCCAAUACCACAGGAGAGCAUGUAUGAAGCAUCACCUUUUGACGAGGUGGAUAUACAAGCCCUUGCUCAUGCAGUGGAGCUCACUAGGCAAGGGGCAGUUGAUAGCCUAAAGUUUGCCAAGGGCGACUUAGUUCAAGCGUUUCAGAAUGAAUUAUGCCGUAUGAAAUUGAAUGAAUCUGUUCUUGAUGAGCUUGUUCACGAGUAUUGUGUCUACAGAGGUAUUGUGGACGCUGCUAAUACAUCUCAACCAGCAGAUGUUAAUAAAUCAGGUCCAUGGUGCUGCUCAGUACAAAAUGAUUCUACUGAGGUCAAUUGUGAUAGCAGUAAAGUUUCUGAUGAUGAACCUUCUACUGAUAUUUCUCACAUGGAUGGUUCUCCUGAAGGCCCAAUUGAUGUCAUGAGCACACAGACUACAGAUAUCGACGAGCGUUACCCUUCUGAGACAGCUGGCAAUUAUGAAGACUGUAGCACUAGUGGAGCACAUCAGCCUGACAGUUUGAAAGUUCAGCUGAGAAAUAGAAAUCACGGUAUUGGAGAGAGAAAUAAACGUAAGCGCUGGAGGGGAAGACAUGAGAAAAUUGGAUUUGUCUCGGAAGUUCUUAGUGGAAGCUGCAGAGAAGAGGCUGAAAGCUCAUUGAUUGUGGAUGGUGUAGUUUAUAGGGAGGACAAAUAUGAUUUGGUGUUGGCCAUGAAAGAAUUAGCUUGCAGAGGAAUGACAGCAGAAGUUGUGGAGGAGAUAAAUUCUAUGGACCCAAAUUUUUUUGUCCAAAAUCCUGAUUUACUGUUCCAACUUAAGCAGGUUGAAUUUUUAAAGCUAGUUGGUUCUGGUGAUCAUUCCCGUGCUUUAAGAGUAGCCUGUUCCCAUCUAGGUCCUUUGGCAGCUAGGGACCCAGUUCUGCUUAGACCCUUAAAAGAGACUCUGUUUGCUUUGCUUAGACCUAAUGAGGAGGCAUUUGGUGAACGCUUACCCUUGCAUGCUCUUGCAACUUCAGUUCAGGUUGCUAUUGGUAGAAGGCUUGGUAUUGAUGAACCUCAGCUUAUGAAGAUCAUGAAGGCAACCCUAUACACGCAUAAUGAAUGGUUCAAACUUCAGAUGUGUAAAGAUCGAUUUGAAGGUUUCUUAAGGAUCAGUUCGUUAAAAGAAGUUGGAACUUCUUUGCUUGCUGAUGCUGCUUCAAGAUUAAGUGAUACUUCAGACCCUGGUUCUUCUCAAGCCACGAUGUCCUCAAGUAGUAGGGUGCAUGAAGAUGUUGGCAGUCCUGCUCAGAUAUCAUCUUCUGAGGUUGCAUGUGAUGAAAAUGCAAUUCUUAAAGUUAUGGAAUUUCUUGCUUUGCCAAGAGCGGAUGCUAUUCAUCUUUUGGGGCAGUAUAAUGGGAACGCAGAGUUGGUAAUUCAGCAGAUAUUUGCGUGAUUAGAAUUUAGGAUGUAUAUUAUAGUGGUAUCCGUUCAAUUUGUUCAUUCAUUAUAUCCAUUAUUUUGUUCAAUUGUAUAGUAGAAUUUAUAGGGGUCUAACUAAUCCGUCAACGAAUGAAACCAGUUUUUCUGUACAAUUUUACAGGUAUUUUUUGGUUUGAGAGGAGAGGUGUUAACCAAAAGUUUUGGAUUGGUUAACCUUGAACUGUCAGUAACGCUACUAUGGACAAUACUGGUUUGCAACAGUGCACUCGCUUUUAGGUUAUGGGCUGGUUUGGUUGUAUCUAUUUAAAAUAAAUUGUCC